AGGUGGCUACCUCAGACGAAGCCUGCCCGUGCUUGGGCACGGGGACGCUUUGCGGGGAAUAAGCCCGCUUUUCACCUGUUUUGCACUAAUUUCCUCCUUGGGCAAGUCUGAGCGGCAAGGAUUAGUGUCUCCAUUCGCCAACCCCCCGGGAAGCCCGAGGCCGCGCUGAGCUCCGCCGGGGGCUCGGGCUGCCGGGCCUGGGCCAGGCGAGACGCCCCGCCGUCUGGAUGCUGCGCUGGCUGAUCGGGGGAGGCCGCGAACCUCAGGGGCUGGCCGAGAAAUCUCCUUUACAGACAAUAGGUGAAGAACAAAGCCAGAACCCCUACACUGAACUGAUUGUACUGAAAGCUCAUCACGAUAUCGUACGGUUUUUGGUACAGUUAGAUGACUACAGGUUUGCAUCUGCUGGUGAUGAUGGCAUUGUAGUUGUGUGGAAUGCCCAGACAGGAGAAAAACUUCUGGAGCUCAGUGGACACACUCAGAAGAUAACUGCUAUUAUUCCAUUUCCUUCUUUGGAAUCUUGUGAAGAGAAAAAUCAACUGAUCUUGACAGCUUCUGCAGAUAGAACAGUUAUUGUGUGGGAUUGUGAUGCUGGCAGACAGGUUCAGAGAAUAUCAUCCUUCCAGUCCACUGUUAAGUGCUUAACAGUUCUUCAGAGACUCGACGUUUGGCUCUCUGGUGGGAAUGACCUAUGUGUAUGGAACCGCGAAUUAGAGCUCCUGUGUAAGACCAGUCACCUUUCUGAUACAGGGAUCAGUGCUUUGAUUGAAAUACCUAAAAACUGUGUUGUAGCUGCAAUUGGCAAAGAACUGAUAAUUUUCAGAUUGGUAGCACCCACAGAAGAAUCACUAGAAUGGAAUAUUCUUGAAGUUAAGCGCCUUCUUGAUCAUCAAGAUAAUAUUCUCUCAUUGGUAAAUGUCAAUGAUUUGAGUCUUGUCACUGGCUCCCAUGUUGGAGAGCUGAUCAUCUGGGAUAUCUUGGACUGGACCAUGCAGGCUUAUGAACGCACCUACUGGGACCCAUCUCUACAACUGGACACCCAGCAAGAAAUAAAACUGUGUCAAAAAUCAAAUGACAUUUCUAUUCAUCAUUUUACAUGUGAUGAAGAGAAUGUAUUUGCUGCAGUUGGAAGGGGUUUAUAUGUGUAUAACCUUCAGCUGAAGCGUGUGAUCGCCUGUCAGAAGACAGCACAUGACUCCCGUGUCCUGCAUACAGCCAAGCUUCCAAGCCGGCAGUUAAUUUCAUGCUCAGAAGAUGGCAGUGUACGCAUUUGGGAGUUACGAGAAAAACAGCAGCUUGCAGCUGAGCCUGUACCAACAGGUUUUUUUAACAUGUGGGGAUUUGGAAGGGUAAACAAACAAGCCAACCAACCUGUUAAAAAGCAACAAGAAAAUGCCGCUUUAUGCUCACUGGAGCUUGUUGGAGAUUUGAUUGGACACUCCUCAGCUGUGGAGAUGUUUCUGUACUUUGAAGAUCAUGGACUCGUGACAUGCUCUGCUGAUCACCUCAUUAUUUUGUGGAAAAAUGGAGAGCAAGAAUCUGGAUUACGCAGUUUGAAGUUAUUUCAGAAAUUAGAGGAGAAUGGUGACUUGUAUCUUACUGGGUGAUUUCAAGGAAUUAGGAAUAGUACACGUGCAAGACCGUCAACAUUAGAUCUAGGGUGAUACAAAUUUUAAGAUCUCUGAAAAACAUCAAUAUAUCCUUUAAGUUUAAAACCCUUUUUUCCCCUUUCACUUCAUAAAAUUCCAUUUGUCUGAAUUGAUUUUUUCUGGGCCUGUAAACCAGCAAUAAGUUGUUUCUCAGGUAUCAGUACAUCCACCAAGCAAUAUAGCACAUGUUUUCUAUUUGAUUUUUCACACAGCAGUAUCUUCAAGCCACUGAGGCAAUGGGUCUGAUUUCACUAAUGAAUUUCAGGCAAUGAAGGUUUCAGAGCAUUGCACAAAUAUCUGUUGAUACAGAAUUAAAUUUAUACCUUACUGUCUGUAUAGGCAAAAAUGUUUUUAUGUUUUGAAAAAUUAGCCGCCUAAACCGGAAAUUGCCUAGACGUUUUAAGAGUGAGAAUACUAGACUGUGAGCACCUCUCACUGUCUACACAUAGCAUCAUCUUGUUACGUAAAAAGCAAAGAUCUCACGUUCAGAACUAAAAUGCACACAUAACCCAUGGUAUUGUCAAUUGUCUCAUAUGCAUUCAAAACUGGACAGCGAGUAAGGGAGGCCUAAUUGAUAUGUUUUAAUUCUGGUGUGAGCAAAGAACAGUGGACUGACCGAAUAAGGAGCAAAUCUGUCUUGGAAGAAGUACAGCCAGAAUGCUCCUGAGAGGCGAGACGGCAACACUCGUCUCACAUACU